GCAACGGCGGCGCCUCCCUCCGCCAUGGCGGCGCGGCCCGGGCCCGCUCCCCAGCCCCAGCCCCCUCGCUGCUCUCACACCCACAGGCGCCGGGAGUUCACCGGCUCCGCGCCCUACGAGUUGGCGCUGCUAGCCAAGCCCCCCAAGAAAGACAUCGUUGAAGAGAGGAUUUUGGCUGAGAGGCUGUGGGAGGCGGACCAGCAGGAGCAUGAGAGCGACCUGCGGCGGUUCCGCCACUACUGCAACGCCUACGAAUGGCACAAGGGCGGCGAGGACAAAUGGGUGCACCGCACCGCCGAGAGGAAGGUCCGGGCAGCCCUGCAGCAGUACCUGCUGGAGAUCGAUGCCAGAAGACAGAGGCUUCGUGACUUUCUGGAGGCAGAGGAAAGUAGGCACUUUGCUGAGGUGGAGGCACUUGAUGAAGAAGAGAUACAGAACAGAGAAGUAAAGAUGAAGGAAAAAGCAAAAUUACUGAGGGAGAAGAGAGAGCAAGAAAGACUAAAAGUAGUGGCUGAAAAACGAGACCAACAGUUCAGAAACCAGUGUGAAGAGUAUCGCAUACACUGCAAAAAACAGAGUGAGAAGGAGCUGGGUGACUGCCAGCUGGCCCAGCGGACUCUGAAGGAGCUGCAGAAAAAGGAGGAGAAGAUGCAGGAGCAGAAGCUGGAUGAGAUUUGUGAGAAGGAGCUGUUGGCUAAGGAUGAGAAAGCGGAGCUGAAGGCGCAGGAGAGGGCAGCACGGAUCCAGGAAAUGCUGGAAGUGCGUGAAGCCCAGGUGGCCGUGCACACGGCUCGCAGGGAGGAGGAGAGGCAGCAGACCAUCAAGGAGGCUGAACGGCUGGAAGAAGAGAAGCACCAGCUAAGAAAAGAAAGUGAAGAGCUUGAGAGGAAGAAGCAACAUCAACAGAAGGAACGCAGGGAGAUGUUGCUCAAAGCAGUGCGGGACAGGAAGAAGCGUCUUGAUGCAGAAAAAAAAAUGCAACUUGCUGAAGAAAAGAAAAUCCUGGAAAGAAAUUUGGAGGACUCGGACAGGGAACAUGUGGACACAAUGAAAAAAAAACAAGCACUGUUGCAGGAGCAACAUACUUACCUGGAUCACCUGGCAGAACAGCUGAGGAGGGAGAAGGAGCAAGAAAGAGAAGAUGAGAAGAUCUUCCAGGAAGAGAGGGACCGGUCUUGGGCCAAGAGGGUUCAGAGAAUGAAAGAAGAGAAGGAGGCUCGAUUUCAGCUGAUGAGAGAUGUCAUGCACAAAAGGCAGUUGCAGGUGGAGGAGAAGUUGCAGAAACAAGCAGAGAGGAAAAUAGAGAUUGCGAAAGAGAAGAAGGCAAUGGCUGAAGCAAUCAGAGAAUUUGAACGUGAAGAAGAAGAAAAACGUAUAAGAAAAGCACAGAAGGCCAAAGAAUACAGAGACCAGCUCAAAACUCAAAUUGCCCAUCAACAGCGGCUUCAAAAAGAUGAGGAAGAGGAGAGGAAGAAAGAACAUGAAUCAAAUAUGGAAGCAGAGAGAAAGUACCAAGAAAGGGUACAGUCCGUUCUGUCAAUGCCCAUUGAGUCUAUAGUAAAGCCACCCACUACAAAAAAAGCACUAAUGCCUGACUCUUAAGGGCAUCACUCACUAUGGUAUUUUAGUUCACUCAGUUGCCUUAAAACAUUUUCUUAGGAUGCUUACACCUGACUUGAGUUGGAAGAACCUUCUCCACUGUGAUACUCAAAACAUUUAAAUGGAAGUGACAAGAAGCAUAGUAUUUUAAUGUUUAUUUUUUCCCCAUGGAUUUUUUUUUGACAAAUCUGAUCCAAUCCAAAAUACUUGACAAUAUAAGAGUACUGUGUGCCCUCUACAAUAUAAUAGUGUAUUAUUAUGUAAUGAAAAAUGCACAGGCAUUCUUUAAAAUUUGCACAAAGAAAAUCUGUAGAAAACUUCCAGCAAACCUUUAUUAAAAUGCCUUUCAAACUGAAAAUGUUUGCAAAAUUAUUUUCUUUGUAUUUAGGUAGCAAGUACAACACUCUGAAUACAUUGUACUGUGGGGUGAAUAUUAAAAAGCUGACAUUCUUUUGCAUAGAUUCUGGUAGCUGUUGAAUGAUCUGUGGAACACUCGAGUCCCAAGCCUGUGAGUCCUCUGCUUGGGCAGAAUUAAGUAUGCAGGGCUGAAGUUGGGGGUGUCUUGUUUAUUCCCUGUAAUUCUCACGGCACCUCUGCCUGUCUGGGCUUCCUUGGAUGUCCACACUCUGAGCACGUGGAAUGGGGGCCAGAGCACCAGUGCCACUUCCAGGCAGCAGCACAGAGGCUGGGUGUGCCCAGGAAGGUGUUGGUGUGUUCUGGCAGCGGGGCAGGGACACCUCGCUGGCCUCUCUGCCCCCAUGGCAGUGGCCUGCCUGUCCCUAAUGCAGGCGGGGCCGUGAGUGACACCAGGAGCACGGGCAGGAGUGACCCAGCUGCUCCCCUUGGUGCUGCCCUUGACCAGGUCCCUGUUGUGUAUUUCAGUAGUUUUUCCUCUGUCCUAUUCAGAGGAGGGAGUGGAGAAUACGUGUAAAACCUCUCAUCCUUUCUUGAUUACAGACUUUGUGGCAUUUGGAAAUGUUUUAUGUUCUUUUUUUUCAUUUUUCCAUGUGUUUGCUGCUCUUUAUCUGCAGCUGUUUCGCUCUCCUCCAGCUUUUCAGCUUCUGUCAUCUUUCCUUCAGCUCCUGCUUUGUCACCCUUUUCUUCCAAAACUUCCAUCUUUCACUAAGCACUUGCUCUGCCGUUUUUGUCCUCCCACCCUCCUUUUCAGCAUGGGGCUCCCUGUUGGCAAACCAGGUUGUGUUUUUGUUAUGUGAGAACAUGAAUGGAUGCACAGAGGAGCUGAUAAAUAGCUGGGAUCAGAGCUCAGGAGCCCCAGAUCCCAGACAUCCUGGAAAAAAUCAGGAAUAGACACCCUGCAAAGUUGUGUCCUCUUGGUUUAAAGCAGGUACCAAGUUGACAAACGCCUUUUUGAUCCCUCUGCAGAAAAAAGCCAGGUGGAGGUGUAGUAAUCUGGAACAGUAUCAGUGGUCUUUCAGCAACCCAGCUAAUUCUGGGUGUGAAUGGUGAAGAACCUGGCCCUGCUGAGGGGAAAAGGAGUGUGGUGGGAUUUUAUCAUUGCUUACAGACAAAACCCCCUGAGUCACCAGAUGGGAGAGAGACACGUCCACUGGAACUGCUUCCAUCCCAACAGUGAACUAGACUGACCAGAGCAGUGCCUCUCCUGGCUUGUUCCUUGGAUUCCUUGGAUCCAAACACGUUGUCCUACAGAUGCUGAGGAAAGAAGCUUCCAAGAGGGUGAAGCAUCAGGCUGGGAGAGGUAAGUUGGCAGCCAGGAUGUUGAGCCCUCACACGGUGCUUUUCAGCAGCCAUCUCCAAAGCUGCACAGGGGACAUCAGAGCUGCUCGUGUUUGCUGGUGGGAAAGGCCACUCCAGAUAAAGGAAACAGUUUCAUCAGUGCAGAGAGCUGAGGUAGUCAUAGGUCUGUGCUCUCACCACUGAGUCAAACUGGCAGAAUGAUUAAGAGAUUAAUUUCCUGGUUUGCCGCAGCCUUCUGGAGUAGCCCGUGCAAGCAAUGUAGAUUUUCCUUUCCUAUUGUGACCUCUCUUUGAAAAAUGAAGAUAAUAGCACAUUCAGAAUUCCAGGAUUAAUUAAAGCAUGUUAUUAAAGGCUGUGACAUUUGUUGGGUACACCCGAUAUGAGAGAUAAAAAAAAAAUACCACAUUGGUGAGCUUUGUGAAUUCAAGUCAUCCAGAAGCAUAAUAAAUCUCCUUUUUAAAUAAAAUAAUAACUCAGAAGAGGUGGUCAGAGCUAUCAAACAUUUAUAGAGUGUCUGAGCUCCUGCUCCUGGAGGCAAAUUUCCUCUGCAAUGAACAUGAGGUCUGCACAAGAUUAAAAAAUCAGACUGGAAGAAGUUUGCCUUCAGCAGGAGUGAAUUCCCAUGGGAUAACGGGCAACUAAACUCCUGUCAGAGAAACCUGUUGGUGGAUGAACAUGUUGCUGGGGCUGAACCCUUUGCUGCCAAGUGCUUUACAGGAUUCAGGUUGGUCCAGAAGGACUGGUGGGGCUGGGUGGGUCAGAGCCUCAUGGAGAGGCACCUUUUUGCUGCCCCUUACAGAUGAGUGAUGCAGUAAGAAUGAUUUUCUCUGUCUAGACCAAAAGGUUUCCUUAAUCCUGCUGAUUUCCAUCUCCUCCCAGCUCCUUGGGUCCCCUCGCAGUAAGCUGGGGAAAUAGUCCACCAAGCAGAACGUGCUUCAAAGCAUGGCUGUGCCUUUCCCUGCCUCGGGCCAGUGCUCGUGUCACACUUCUGCCUUGCAGGUCACCAGGCAGUGACGAGCCAGACACAUCUGGAAUUGCGGCUUGCAGGUGCUGGGAACCUCUGGAGUGUUAGCUGCUGCUGCUGAAAUCCUGUGGCAUUUCCUGCCCCAGUGAGCAACCCUGCAGGCAAACCAGCUAUUAAACCAGGGACACCACUGGUGAGGGAAACAGCCUGCCCUGCACCAGGGCUCUGAGCCACGCAGAGCGAGAACCACUGGCAUUUAGAAACCUGGCAGUUACAGCCUUUUCAUGUACCAGAGACACGUACCAG